UCCCUUACUGGCCAAAAACUAGAGAAAACGUAAUGUGUUUGUGUGUGUGUAUGUGAGAGAGAGAGAGAGACCAUACACAACAUGUCUCACCAUAACUAUGUAUUAUAAUAUUAUCGAAGGUGAUGGUUUCCCUCCGUACAGUGGCGACCCAAGCCAUCUGACGCCUCUUGGUGAUUUCAGACACCUUGUGUUUUUUUUCCAAGUAGGAAAAUGUUGAAAACUAAUAUGAUUCACGAGGCGUUUGCCCUGUCGAUCAUGAAACCGAUUACAGCAGUUCACAAUACAGCAAUACUGAACCAUUUUCCAAAAAAUAAUCAAAAUUAAUGACCAAAUGACCAACGUUACCUAAUGCCUACUAUACAGUACAUCUACUUCUGUACCGCGAUUCCCACAAUGCAUUGCGACGUGACGCAACGAUCCCGACCUCUAUUCCCACGAAGCUCGCGGCUCUCGACACUGGUGUUUGGACAAACACGGUUGUUUCUGUUUUUAUUUGUACGUUAUAUGUCCGUCGAGAUGCGGCGCUCAUUCUGCGCCUCCUUGAACUGGAUGGUCAUUUCUGAACUGGACUGACUUCAAAACAACAAGAGACUGUAGAAACUGAUGGUCAAACUGACAAGAAAAAGAGGUGGAAAAGAUUUUCCCUGGAUGUUCAGCCUGUCUCUUGGACACUGGAGAGUGGUCUUCUGCAUCUCAUCAGGUUUUGAGAAUGUCAAGACACACAGUUAGAGGACAGCGUGCUCAGCAAAUGACCAUGGAUUUUUCCCGUCUGCACACGUAUACUCCUCCUCAGUGUACUCCGGAUAACACGGGAUAUACCUAUUCACUCAGCUCAAGUUACUUGACCGCUGCUCUUGAGUUUGAGAAGGAGCAUCAAAUCAACCCUGUGUUCGACUCUCCCAGAAUGUCUCGCCGUAGUUUGAGGCUACAGACCAGCGGUGGUUUUUAUGGGGACAACAGCCUCACUGAGCGCACAGGCGUUUACAGUGUCGGCUCCUACAAGCAGACCAGCUCCAGCAGCAGCUCCAGGACUGUGCGGAGCAGGAGGCAGCAGCAGAGCUCAUCCGUGUACGAGUCUGAGAGCGUGACUCAGACUCCUCAGAAAGACCAGACCCUGUCAGACCUGAGUUUCAGCAGUACAGCCAGUGAUGCAUCUCUGAUCUCCAGCCUGCUGGAUCAGUCCACACUCAGACAGAGCUCCACGACACACACAUACUCUGCACAGAGAAGAAGAACUGCUCACAGCUCUCUGUUGGAGAAUGGAGACAUCAGUAAAACAGAGACGCACUCUAAUCUGGCUAACGGCUAUAUUUGUAAGGACUGCUCGUUCCAUGGCGACGGGAAGGAGGACGAAACUUCAUAUUCCUUACCGUACUCCACAUCUGUGUCUUCAGCGUAUCAGACAGCUGGAGAUGCCGCUAUAACCAGUUCUCUGAACAGUGUUGACAAGACAGCUCAUGACCGCUACUGUGGCAGUGUGAAUGUACGAGAUCUGGUGACCACAGACAGCCAUCUCAAUCUCAACGGCUCACUCUGUGAUGACUGUAAAGGAAAACAGCACAUGGAAAUCCACACGGAGCACAAACGCUAUUCCUAUUCCUCCCAGCAUGUAUAUGCAGCCUUGUGGGCGCUUGUUUCUUACACAGGUUACGGGCUUCUGCGGGUUUGCCGAGGUUUGGGCUCGGCCGGUGCGUUUGUGACCCGGAAGCUGAGGUCCCUUCUGUGGCUGGCAGUGUGUUCUCCAGGGAAAGCAGCGACUGGCGCCUUCUGGUGGCUGGGAACAGGAUGGUAUCAGCUGGUCGCGCUCAUGUCUCUGAUCAAUGUCUUUCUUCUCACCAGGUGUCUUCCCAAACUACUGAAGCUUCUUCUGUUUCUGCUCCCCUUGCUGCUGCUGUUCGGUUUAUGGUACCUCGGUCCGCCCAUCGCUCUGUCCUUCCUUCCAGCUGUAAACCUCACCGAGUGGAAAACAGCAGUCACUUCUUUCCCAUCGCUCCCUUCUCUCCCUUCUCUCCCAUCUCUUCCUUCUUUACCUGCAUUACCUUCUUUCACACAAGAACCACUGGCUGAAGAACAGCACAUCUCAGCCCCGGUGAUCUCACAGGCUGUGUCAGAGUCCAUUACCAGCGAGCGUUUGGCUCGUCUGGAGCUGCGUGUGGCGGAGCUGUGGGAAAGCAUCAGACAGGGGGAGCUGAAGGCUAAACAGCAGCGAGAGGAGGCCGUUGGUUUGGUGCAGGCUCUUGAGCAUCAGAUGAACACACAGACAGACAGAGAGAGCCUCAGCCUGUGGGUUUCUCAGCUCCUGGAGCCCAAGUUCACCGCGCUCAAGGGAGAGAUGGAGAGAGUAGCACUUAACAGGGCAGAGUCUGAGGAACAGUAUGUGCAGCAUCAGACGAGUCUCGAAGCUCGACUAGCCGAGCUGGAGCUCCUGCUGAAGAGCCUGAACUCUAGAACUGAGGAGCUCCAUCUCACACAGCAGACUCCGGUGCAGGCUCCCGUCAGUGUUGGAGUCUCUCAGGAGAAGCAUGAUGCUUUGCUCACUGAGGUUCAGAGGCUGGAAGCAGAGCUGGGCCGCAUCAGAGGAGACCUGCAAGGAAUGAUGGGAUGUAAAGGGAAGUGUGACCGACUCGACACCAUACAUGAGACCGUGUCUGCGCAGGUGAAGGAACAGUUGUACGCUCUGUUGUACGGUCGAGACGGAGCUGAAGCAGAGAUCCCCGAGCCGCUGAUGCCCUGGCUGGCUUCUCAGUACACACGCUCAUCUGACCUCACCGCCACCCUCGUGACCCUGGAGCGCAGCAUUCUGGGAAAUCUGUCCCUGCAGCUGCAGGAGAGCAGACAGCAGCAGUUCUCGGCUGAAACGGUUACUCAGACGGUGGCCCACACCGCCGGGGCUGCUGGGAUGUCAGAGGAGCAAGUCCAGCUGAUGGUCCAGCGUGCGCUGAAGCUGUACUCUGAGGAUCGCACCGGACAGGUGGACUACGCUCUGGAGUCUGGAGGUGGCAGUAUCCUCAGCACACGCUGCUCUGAGACCUACGAGACUAAAACAGCACUGAUGAGUCUGUUUGGAAUCCCGCUCUGGUACUUCUCCCAGUCGCCACGAGUCGUCAUCCAGCCGGACAUGUACCCAGGAAACUGCUGGGCGUAUAAAGGCUCCCAAGGUUAUCUGGUGAUCAGGCUCUCUUUAAGCGUGAUCCCUACCUCCUUCUGUCUGGAGCAUAUUCCCAAAAGCCUCUCUACUUCUGGAAACAUCAGCAGCGCACCACGCCGAUUCUCCGUCUAUGGAUUGGAUGAUGAAUACCAGGAGGAAGGGAAACUGCUGGGUGACUACACCUAUCAAGAAGAUGGAGAGUCACUCCAGAUCUUUCCAGUUAUGGAGAAGAACGGCAAGGCCUUUCAGAUCAUUGAGAUGCGAGUGCUGUCGAACUGGGGUCAUCCUGAAUACACCUGCCUGUAUCGCUUCAGAGUUCACGGCACACCUCACACUCUGUGAUCAGGCCCGCGCUACAGUACUAUAUAACCCUUUAUGUACAUAUAGGAAACGCUCGGAUGAAACUGGCUUGCUAGACACAUUUCUAAGACUCUAAUACAAAUGAUGACUGAAACAAGGAGCACAGCGGGAAAGAGCAGUGUGUUUAAGCUAAGGAUUCCCACUCAUUUCCUUCCCAAAUCCCUGUUCUUGCACUGAUUCAUGCCCUUGCGGCUGGGCCCUGUGUCACGCUCUCACCCGCAGAGGUAUCUGUGCCUUCAGACAGAAUGUGCUUCUCUCAUUCUGUGUACAUCAUUUUUCCUUUGUUUUCUGAGUGUACAGCGAGGAGAGAAGUCACUGACGCUUUGAGGUGUUCAUCUCACCAAACCUGAUGAGAAUAUGUCUGGGUCAUGUUUUACCCCAAAUCAUUCACUAAAUUAAUCCUAAUUUAGAGCUACUGAGAUUUUUUGCAUUUUUUCCUUAAAAAAAAAAAAAAAAAAAAGAUAAAGGCUCAUUAAGAUGAGCUUUCUCAUUACUGUAAUGCAAAAAAUAUGUAUUAUUUAAACAGUUUAAUUUUUUUAACAUUAUGAUUGCAUUUGUUCUACUUAUUUUUAAAAUUCUAUUCAUUUUAAUGUUUUUUUUAUUUACUUUUAAAAGAUUGUAAUACAAAAAUGUUGCUAUAUCAUUGAGAGUGGGAAAAAGUAAUACUUGUAAAUAUAUAAUAAUUAUUAUUAUUUUAUUAUUAUUUAGAUUUUUUUUUUUAUAGGGUGGAAUAUGACCCAGGCAAGUUUUCACCCAACAGGCACUUCAUUUCAGGUUUUUUUAUAUAUAUAUAUAUAUAUAUAUAUAUAUAUAUAUAUAUAUAUAUAUAUAUAUAUAUAUAUAUAUAUAUAUAUAUAUAUAUAUAUAUACAAACAAAUAAACUCAUACCAGCCAUAAAUUGCAGGAGACACUGGUUUGACCUCGGAUGCUUUCUCCUGAGAAAGGAAUGGAUGUUUAUGGACUGUAUGUGAGCUUGUGGACUAAAAUGUGUACAUUUGAACAAAACUGGACAUAAAACACUCACUUGUUUGUUUCUCUCGUCAGGAGUCAUAUCACAGUCACGAUUCGCUGCAGGAAUGUAACUUAUUGUAAUUAGACCUUUUUAAUCAACUUCAAUCAGUGUUUACUUUACAUAAAGGGGUGCGCUCUGUCAUCAUCUUUACCCUUUUUUGUGUUUUUAAACAUUUUAGUUAAAGGAACACUCCACUAUUUUUGAAAAUAGGCUCAUUUUUCAACUCCACCAGAGUUAAACAGUUGAGUUUUACUGUUUUUGAAUCCAUUCAGCCGAUCUCCAGUACACAAUUUAAAUAAACUCUUUGGUCAUUAUGAGUGAGAUGCUAACGUUCUAGUCAGAUUCAAUGAUCUCUGCUAAGCUAAGCUAAAAGUGCUACUGCCAGACCCAGAGAUCAGCUGAAUGGAUUCAAAAACGGUAAAACUCAACUGUUUAACUCUGUUUAAUUUAAAAAUUGAGCCUAUUUUCAAAAAAAGUGGAGUGUUCCUUUAAAUUAGACAGUGCACUGUUAUGUCUUUAUAAAGGAAAUGUAAGUUGCACAAAGUCCUGUGUGAUUCGUUGGAUGUUUGAAAAGUCAGGGGUUGCACUGUGUUGACCUGAGAGAGUCUGUUUGUAAACUACUGUUGAGUUGUUCAUGACUAUUUAUUUUCUGGAAAUUUAGCCAAGAGAUAGGACUUUGUGCAGUGUGUUUUUGUAAAGAUGCUUUUCAAUGCAUAUUGGUCCGUUUAUAUUUAGUUAGUUUUUUGUUGUUGUUAUAAAAUGGCUACAGCACUAUGAAUUGUACCAGUAAAGAAUUUUAAUUUUGA